GCUGCAUCGCCGUACUGAACGCGCUCACCCGACCACCCCGCACCUGACCCGCACCGACCGGACCGGGCGGACCAGACUGCUAUUAAAGGCCUUCACCACCACCGGCUUCACUCGCACAGAUCCACAUCUGCUCGUCCCAUCAUCAGAUCCGCCACUACCACCACCGCCCUCCGCCGUUCCAUCGCACGCGUCUCCCUUUCCACUCCCCACACCACCACCAUCGCCCAUCGUACCUUCAUGACCACCUCGGUCCAACUCUCCGCCGCCGGCCACGGCGGCGAACUCAACGUCCGUCCCCCUCCCGACACAGUGUUGACCUCCAUCGCAGCCUACACCCACAACCCCAAAUUCGACAACCCAGACCUCGCGUACGAUACCGCACACUACUGCCUCCUCGACACUCUCGGCUGCGCAUUCGAAGCCCUCAAACACGACGGCUGUACACGUCUUCUCGGGCCAGUGGUUCCCGGUACAUCUGUACCCAACGGUGCCCGCGUCCCGGGUACGAAUUAUGAGUUGGAUCCCAUCCGCGCCGCGUGGAAUUUCGGUUGUUUGUUGCGUUGGCUCGAUUUCAAUGAUUGUUGGCUCGCUGCAGAGUGGGGUCAUCCGUCUGAUAAUUUGGGCGGUAUCCUCAUGGUCGCAGACUGGAUCUCCCGCACCAACAAAGCGGAGGGGAAGGAGGCGUUGAAGGUUAAGGAUGUGCUUACGGCGAUGAUUCAAGCCCACGAAAUCCAAGGUUGCAUGGCUCUCGAGAACUCCUUCAACGAGGUUGGAUUGGAUCACGUCGUACUCGUUAAGCUCGCGUCCGCGGCUGUUGUUUCCCGACUCCUCGGACUCACGGAAGCCCAAACGGCUGAUGUCGUAUCCCAAGUUUUCGUCGACGGACAAUCCCUCCGCACGUACCGCCACGCACCAAACACCGGCCCCCGUAAAUCCUGGGCAGCAGGCGACGCGACAGCCCGCGCAGUCGAACUCGCACUCCUCGUCAAGAAGGGCGAGAUCGGGUACCCCUCCGUCCUCACCGCCCCCAAAUGGGGAUUCUACGAUAAUUUGUGGAGGAAGGGCGAAAAGCACCAUGGCGGUCAACGCGAAUUCGCUUUCCAGAGAGAGUUUGGGUCGUACGUCAUGGAAAACGUCCUCUUCAAAAUCUCCUUCCCCGCCGAAUUCCACGCCCAAACGGCCGCUGAAGCCUCCAUGACCCUCCAUGCCCUCUUCCAACGCGAAGGCCUAAAGGUCGAGGAUAUCGAAGAAAUCAGCGUGCGGACUCAGGAGGCCGCUGUCCGAAUCAUCGACAAACAGGGACCGUUGCACAACUAUGCCGACCGGGACCAUUGUAUCCAGUACAUGAUCGCGGCACCCCUCCUCACGGGUGAGUUGACGGCUGAAUCGUACACGGACGCCGUAGCCUCCGACCCCCGCCUCGAUGAACUCCGCGCCAAGAUCCAUUGUGUGAAAGAUGAUGCGUUCACAGCCGACUACCACGACCCAUCCAAGCGCUCCAUCGGGAACGCGCUCACUGUCCGCAUGAAAGAUGGUCGCGUGUUGGAUGAGGUUUGUGUUGAGUAUCCCGUCGGCCACAGGCGCCGUAGGGAAGAGGGCAUCCCGUUGUUGAUGGCGAAGUGGAAGAGGCAUUUGGGUGUCCUCAAGGAGAAGGGAGGGUUGGAGGGGAAGAGUGUCGAGAGUGUUUAUGAGAAGGUUAAGGAUAGGAAGGCGGUGGAGAAUAUGGAUGUUGAUGAGUUUGUUGAGUUGUUUGUUACUGCGUAAGGAGAUGGGGAGAGAGCAGUGUAUGAUAUACGUGUGAUUUUGUGGUUGGUUGGGGGAAAAUGUGUAGUUCUGGCAUGCAUGUAUAGAUAAGAGAAAGCUUCUUGCUGAACG